AUGGAUGCCGUGGUGGAAUUGUUCAGGAAGCUCGCUGAUGUCACCUUUGACGCCGCCUGGAAAGAGAUUGCUAGGCAGCUGAAAUUCAGUGAAGAUUUGGGGAGCAUCAAGGACAAUCUGUCCUUCAUUCAUUCAUUCCUCAGGGACGCGGAGAGGCAGUCGUCAAAGCCGCAGAGUGUCCGUCACACGCUCAAGAAGCUCAAGGCUGCAGCUUAUGACUUAGAGGAUAUGCUGCUACUCUUCGAGUCCUGGACCACCACCCACAAGGGUGAAGUCCUUCCGCUUAGCGCCAAGGCUACAAAGGAAUUAGUUGCAUGCUCUGAAAGGUUGAAGAUGCCUCAUAAAUUGAAAAGAAUGAGGGAAACAAUAGAGGAGAUAAUAGAUCACCAGAACAAAUUCAACUUCAGAGAAGACACUAGAAAGAACGACGAAGAAGUGUUCAGGAAACGUGAGACAUUUUCAGAUGCUGAUGAAGUCCCCAUUGGGAGGAUCGAAGAAAAAGAAAGAAUAAUCAGUAUGCUGCAAGCAGAUGACUCAAACUGCUUCAUCAUUUUUAUUUAUGGUUUUGGAGGAGUAGGUAAAACUACUCUUGCCCAGAUGGUCUUCAACGAUGAUAGAACAAUGCAAUUCUUUGACAUCCAAGUGUGGGUCUAUGUCUCUCUAAAAUUUGAUAUCAAGACCAUCGGUCAAUCUAUCAUCUCCCAACUGGAUAAAUCAAGUAGCUCUGCUGAUAUCACCUUACAAGCUACACGGGACCGCUUGAAAACUAUUGUUAAAGGGCAACGGUUUCUUAUUGUUCUUGAUGACCUAUGGGAAGAAGAUCCAGAUGAGUUGGAAAAACUAAGGACACUGCUGCGGGGUGCUAAAGCAGGCAGCAAGAUCAUUGCAACCACACGCAGUGUAAAAGUUGCUAAGCUAAUGAAUGGGAGUUUGACAAUAGAAUUAGGUGCUUUACCGGACAAUUGCUGCUGGGAGUUGUUCAGAGCAAAGGCAUUUCCACAUGGAAAGGUGGAUGCUGAUAAGGAAAGUAUAGGAAGAGAGAUAGUAAAUAAAUGCAGCGGAAUGCCACUAGCAGCAAAUUCUCUGGGUCGCCUUUGCCGGAGAACUAAUGAAUGGAAAGCUAUACUGGAUAGUGAUAUCUGGGCAGAAGAUGGAGAUGGACCUUUCAUAGACACGAAAGUACUACCAUCACUGAAGCUUAGUUAUCAAUACAUGCCUUAUCAUCUCAAGCCCUGUUUUGCAUAUUGUGCUGUUUUUCCUAAAGGCUCCUGCAUAGAGAAGAGCAGCUUGAUUCAGCAGUGGAUUGCUCUUGGAUUUGUUCAGCUCCCUGCUGCUAGCCAAUCGUUCACCGUGCAACAAGCUGGAGAAAGAUACUUUGAGGAGCUUCGUGAGAUGUCAUUUCUUCAGGAUGUAGCUGGAAUGUCUCCAACUCCAUUUGCAAGAUAUAACGAACCUCGAGGUGUACUAUUCCAGAUGCAUGAUUUGGUUCAUGAUCUAGCUAGAUUAGUUGCGGGUGAUGAAGUUAUUGCCUUUGAUGCUAAUAGGCAACAAAGUCCUCAUGGUAAUACAGACAACUGCCGACACAUGUUGCUCUCAAAUUUAUGUGACUCAUCCCUAUAUUAUUGGUCUAUACCUAGCACAGCAAGGGCUCUUCGUUUUGAGAAGUGUAGCAUUGCUCAGACUAGUUUGAAGUCUUUGAUGGGAGCUGAAUUCUUACGUGUACUGGAUUUAGGUACAUGUACCUCUAUUGCCGAUCUACCUGAUUCUAUCAGCAAUUUUAGACUGUUGAAGUUCUUAAAUAUAUCUGGAAUGCAAACUGGCCUUCUGCCCAAGUCCCUAAGCUCCUUGCAUGGUUUACUAGCAUUGAAUCUUUCCGAAAAUACUGGCCUUGUUGAUAUUCCCAGUUACAUUUGUGAAUUUGUCAACCUACACUAUUUGGAUCUACAUGGCUGCUCAAAUCUUAGAGAGCUGCCACAAGAAAUUCAUAUACUCAAAGAGCUGCUACACCUGAACCUAUCAGGAUGUGGUAGCCUACAAUCUCUGCCUAAUGAGUUUGGGGAGCUUCGAAAACUCUCAUUCCUCGACCUUUCAUAUUGUUCUCAGCUUCAAACGCUUCCUUCAAAGUUUGGUGGGCUUCAGGAACUUUCGUAUCUCAACCUGUUGCAUUGUUACCAACUUUGUGAGCUGCCUGAUUCUUUCAUUUACCUUGCAAAUAUGAUACAUCUGAAUAUGUCCUUCUGCCACCAGUUGAAACUAUUGCCUAGUGGGUUAUUCAAGUACAUGAAGAAGCUUCUAGGUUUGAAUUUGUCUGGCUGUACCUCUCUUGAAGUUCUUCCUGGAGUUUGUGAGAAUGAUGCUGGCUGCUGCCCGAUGUUGGAAACUUUGGAUUUAUCAAAUUGUACUAAUCUGGCUGCCCUUCCAAAUUCCUGCACCAGUCUUUGUGAGCUCCGGUAUUUAAAUCUAUCAGGUUGUUCUCGAAUUAACAACUUUCUAAAUUUGAUUCCGCACUGGAAAUUCGAUAAGUUGGAGUACCUAAAUCUCUCUGGGUUUGAUGCAAAAGCUUAUCCUGAAGCUCCAGGAACCUCUGUGGCAAAUGUAGAGAGUUCAGAAGAUCUCAAUAGAGAACUAGAGCUAGGUAUGCUGCAAGAGGAUAUCAUCACCCAACGUUUGCAUCAUCUUAAGUACCUAUCAGUUGGAGGGUUCACACUCUUCUCAAAAAAAGGCAUUGCAAGCUUGGUAGACCUUCUAACCUUGCCCAACUUUAAUGUACGGGCACAACCUGCAGACAACCACAGCAAUAUUAUGCUUCUCCAGCAGAUCCUGGAUCUCACCCAUCAUGAGCUAAACAUCAAAUGCCUUGAGAAUGUGGUGUCGCCAGAGGAAGCAAAGAAAGUGGAACUGAGCAGGAAGCAACAGCUUCAUUUCUUGAGUUUUGAAUGGUCUUGUUUUUUGUCUUCUUUGACACCUGAUGGGGCUGUGCCUCUCUCUUUAAAAGGCUACAGUGGAACCAGAUUUCCUAAUUGGGUUAACAAGAUAGACGACACACUCCCAAAUCUGGUGAAAAUUGUAUUGUCCAAUAUCAAGGGAUGUGACCAUAUUCCUACAUUGGGACAUUUACCAAAUCUACAGGAACUGGAGAUUAAUGAUAUGCCUCUGCUUCGUCAUGCACGAAUUGUACCAUGCAAGAAGUUAAGACGACUGACAUUGGUUGGACUGCAAGACAUCACUGUACUUAUAUUUUAUGAUGACAACUCAGAGACACAAGUAAAUGAUGUGGAAGAGACUGGAGUACAUGAGGUGGUAUUAAGUCGUGACUUCGAUGAGGAAGAGAGAGAAACAAGAGAUAAGCAUGACAAGUUACCUGGUUCUCUUCCUGUAAAUAAGCAAGUCAAAAGAAAGGCAGCAGUAGCAGGCCUUGUAGCAAAGGUCAAGGGUUGUUUAAAAGCUCCACGCUGUGGCACGUCGACAGAGACAAAGAGAAUACACUACAUUGGUGCUGGAAAUGACGCACCUGCUGUCACCUGCAAGCCAGUACUAACUCCAGCUCCCUCUAAAGAAAGAAGAGAACAGGAAGCAGGCCCUACACUUGAUUAUUUGAAGAUAGAAAGCUGUCAUAAUCUAAAACUGCAUCCAUAUAUCCCAAUGAGCAAGGAGUACAUCAUCAAGAAUAGCUUUCUCAGUCUGGAUCAUAUCGAGGAAGAUGCCAUAGGUAUCCAAAGAUAUGAUAUGUUGCAUUUGAAUCCCACAUUCAAAUCAAAAAUGUGGAUAGAGGACUGUGUUGAAAUACAUGAUGAUUUUCUAAGAUGGAUUGUGAAAGUAGUUACACACAUCAACGUGGAGGAGCUUUUUAUCACUAGAUGCAACAUCAUUGCCAGACCGCCCAGAAUGGAGGAACGGCCUUUUGGAACCCUUCGGAAAGUCAAGAUAACAGAUUGCCACGGGCAACUUCCUAAAAUAUUGGCUCUAUUCACAUCACUACAGGAAAUUGAAGUCGAUUGCAUCCGCUACUUCUUCUGGCGUGACUCACUGCAUAAAAUGACCAGAUUGGAAAAAUUGACUACACCAUCUCCAGAACUUCUUAUUUCAAUGUUGUCCGGCUAUCAUCAUAUUCCAUAUGUCAAUACGAGGGAGGUGGCUCUUUUUAGCGUAAGACCAAAGCGGAGUCGGGUGUACAGGAAUCCGCUUUUAAUUUUUGACAGCUACAGGCAGCAGCUACGUUGGAAAGAAGCACUGGAGGAGGAAGAAUUAGAAACACUAGAAGAAGAGGGAGACAAUAAAGAGGAGGAAGAUCCCCUCAGGCGCUGGGUUCACCGGAAAAAAGAGAUGGAAGAGAAUGAAACACAAGGGGAAGAGCACCCCCUACACUUUGCCACUGGCUCUGCCACUAAUUGCUCCAAUAACUUCUCCCUUCUAUAUCAAUACCAUGACUACAAAAUUGAGCAGAUAACUAUCCAGAAUCUUGAGCAUGUGGAGAGAGCAGAGGAAGUAAGCGGGCAAGGCCAGUUGUCCCAAUAUCGGCAACUGCAGUCACUGAGUUUGAUGUGGUCUAGCAGCAGUUUGCCACAGGAUUCAAGCAUAGUUAAUGACUUUCUGAUUCUUGAAAAACUCCAGCCUCAUGGGACCCUAAAAACACUUCGAAUACAAGGCUAUAGGAGUCGUACAUUGUGCUCCUGGGUGAUGGAUAUAAGUUUUUCCCUUCCAAAUCUUGUGAAAGUUGAGCUGUCUGACAUGAUAUUGUGUGAGCAUAUCCCUUUAUUAGGCAAAUUAGCAAACCUGGAAGAGCUGUGCAUCUCAAAUAUGCCUUGUGUCGCCAAAGUUGAUGCUGCUAUAUAUGGAGACAAGACACCAUUAUUUAGGAAACUGAGAGAGUUUACAGUCAAGAAAAUGAAUGGCCUCGAGAAGUGGGAACUUCUUCAGUACUGUGUUAAUCUGGAGCAACUGAGUAUUCGUUCCUGUAUCGACCUUACUACCUUGCCAGAUAGCAUCCGAUGCUGCCUCUUCCUCAGCAAAUUAGAGGUACUAGAAUGUUGGAAUUUUUCUGCUUUACCGGAAUGGCUUGGAGAACUUGUAUCACUGCGUGAUCUGUGUGUACAUGCUGCCAAACUCGAGCGAUUGCCCCAAUCCAUUCAAGACCUCAGUGCUUUGGAGAAGCUGGUCCUUAAGAAGUGCAACUACAGACUCCGCAAACGUUGCACAUCAGGAGAGGACAAAGACAAGAUAAAACACAUUGGAAGUGUAGAUAUAACUCAGAGCCCUGUUCUCUUGGUCCAUUCAAACGAUAUGUUUAUGGAGAGGAUUUGUAGUCCCCAGCUUAUUGAACUACAUAUUGUGUGUUCUAAAUACAAUAAAGUAUCCACACUGGAUGUAAAAAAGCCCCACCCUUAUGACUCGCUCGAAAUACUUAGCAUAAAGGGGUAUGAUGAUGCAUAUAACCCUCUUUGGAUGUCAUCACUCCCAAACCUUGUGAAAUUGGAGCUCACUAGUGUGGUACUUGAACAUAUCCGUCUGGAUCAGUUACCAAACCUUGUGAAAUUGGAGCUCUCCAGUGUGGGAUUUGAACAUCUCCGUCUUGAUCAGUUACAGAGCCUCCAAGAGCUGAACAUUUCACGGGUACAGAGCAUAAGGUCGAAAGUCUGCAUCUGGUGCACAGAACCACUUAGAAAGCUCAGAAGAAUUACAAUGUCCGAAUUAACCAACCAGGAGUUGCAAAUAUCCAUGGAGGGGCAGGGUUGUAGCGAUGAGAAUUUGUUUCCAGGCCUACAAGAUCUGGAGAUACACUGUUGUUCUAUGUUGAGGUUUGAACCAUCAAUCCCAAGGAGUGCCAGGUACAUCUUAUCAGGCAGGAAAGGACAACCAGGCCAAGACAUGUGUCCAUCUUUUCCUCGAAUCAUGAGGCCAUCCAUCCCUGCCUCAUUAUACAAAAUGGAGAUCAGGUAUAGCAGAGGGUUUUCAUCCACAUCCUGGAACGGUCUACGACACUUUGACAUCGGGGAAUUGAUUAUAGACGACUGUUAUGAUGAUAUACCUUUGCCAGAGAGUAUUCGGGGAUGGAGAUCCCUCCAGAAACUCGAGAUAUUGAACUGUGACGAAAUUACGACGCUGCCAGAGUGGCUGGGCGAGAUCACCUCGCUCCGGGAGCUCAAGGUGGAGACCUACUUUAUGAAAACUUUACCUGCAUGCAUCCAACAGCUCACCGGAUUGCAGACCUUGACCCUGUUAAACUGUGGACCAGUGCUUGAGAAGAGAUGCAGAUAUGGAGAGGAUAAGAACAAGCUGGCACAUAUUCCAAAUGUGACUAUAUUAUAG